AAGUUGGCAGUCCGCAUAUGAAUUCCGCGGCAUUUAGUUAUUUUUGUUUUUUGUCUAUUUAUUUUUUUUAAUUGUAUAUAAUAGUUAAUAACAAAUUGUAUUAAGAUUUUGUGCAAUGGCUUUUUCGCAGUCUUUUGACUUUGGAGAGAGCACAUUUAUGAACUUGGAGAAUGAUGUGAAGAGCACUACAAACAACGGAGGAAACGUUAAACCGAAUGGAUUGGAAAUUAUACAAGAGUCGCCGCCAUCCUUUAAAACCAAGUCGCAGCGCAUUACAAAUCGGUCGAGUGUUUCACAACGUCAACAUUUCCGACGUAGCAAAUCCGAUACUAAGAUAGGCGCAACGUCGAAAGUUCCCAAUGCCAGCUGUGAGCAAUACUCCGACUACUUUAAAGAUGACUUUUCGUAUGAUAAAAAGGAGGCAAGGACUAAUCGAAAGGAUCCGGAGCAGCCAACGAAAGCAGAGGAGUCUUUCAUGCGUGUGUCGCAAAUCCAGGCCGAUCUGGAAGAGGCAGGAUUAUUCGAAGACGGCACUGAGGAUGUUUUUGAAGCACAAAUUUGCUCAGAAGAUGUCUUCGGUACCGAAACUGAACCAGAAACAGAACCUAUAAAGAACAGAAGCAAUUCGCCCAAUAAAUUAAUGGAGAAUCUCGAUGAAAGCAGCUUCCUCUGCCCAGCAAGAGAUGCGCAGGCCUCACAACAACUGCAACAUGAUUUACGACGUAGUCAUUGCGAGUUGACCAAACAAAGUAUCUAUCAAAGCCAAGAAGUAGCACUAAAAUCAACGCAGAACUUAAGUAGUAUGUCACCAAGUCAACUACGUCUCUCCCCCAACAGUCCCGCAAACGUAAGUGAACCAGCCCCAAUUUUAGAUUUGAAUGCACUUAAGCUAAUCUCGGCCUGGAAUCUGCCGCACAGUGUGCUCAACGAAUAUAAGAAGAAGGGCGUCUUGCAGAUGUUUGACUGGCAGGUGGAAUGCCUCAGCAAUCCAAAAGUGCUCUUCGAACACUCAAAUCUUGUUUAUUCCGCUCCCACAUCAGCGGGCAAAACGCUGGUCAGUGAAAUCUUAUUGUUAAAAACGGUGCUGGAGCGCAGCAAGAAGGUGCUACUCAUUCUGCCCUUCAUCUCAGUGGUGCGUGAGAAAAUGUUCUAUCUGCAGGAUUUACUGACACCCGCUGGUUAUCGUGUCGAAGGUUUCUUUGGCGGCUACACGCCACCCGGUGGCUUCGAGAGCAUCCAUGUGGCCAUCUGCACUAUUGAGAAGGCCAAUUCCAUUAUUAACAAGCUGCUGGAGCAGGGUAAACUCGAUGAGAUUGGCACGAUUGUUGUGGACGAGGUCCAUCUGAUAUCAGAUGCAGGGCGUGGCUAUAUCUUGGAGCUGCUGCUGGCUAAGGUGCUUUACAUGUCACGCAAGAAUGCUCUGCAAAUCCAAGUGAUUACCAUGUCCGCCACACUGGCGAAUGUGCAUCUCCUGCAGCAUUGGCUAAACGCUGAGCUCUACGUGACCAACUAUCGUCCUGUGGCGCUGCAGGAGAUGAUCAAGGUGGGUAACAAGAUCUAUGACAAUCAGUUGCGUUUCAUGCGCGACAUUAGCCGCAUGUCGACGGUGCCGCCACUUGGCAACGAUAGCGAUCAGGUUGCACAGUUGUGCAUCGAAACGCUGCUCGAGGGCUGCUCCGUUGUUGUCUUUUGCCCCUCGAAGGAUUGGUGCGAAAAUCUGGCGGUGCAGCUGGCCACAGCAAUGCAUGCUCUGAUCAAAAGCGACAGCACCGUGGCGAAGCAACUGCGUUCGCAUCUCAACACGGAAGCUAUUGACGAUGUGAAGCGGCAACUGCGGGAUAUUCCAACGGGUCUCGAUGCUGUCUUGUCCAAGGCGAUUACAUAUGGCUGCGCCUUUCAUCAUGCUGGACUAACCACUGAAGAGCGGGACAUUGUGGAGGCCAGCUUUAAAGCGGGCGCUUUGAAAGUCAUUGUCGCCACCAGCACUUUAAGUUCAGGAGUUAAUCUACCAGCACGACGCGUGCUCAUUCGUUCGCCCUUGUUUGGCGGCAAGCAGAUGAGCUCAUUGACCUAUCGGCAGAUGAUUGGACGCGCAGGACGCACUGGCAAGGAUACUCUGGGCGAGUCUAUACUAAUCUGCACGGAGAGCAAUGCACGCAUAGGCAAAGAGCUGGUAACGGCUCAAUUAAAGCCAAUUAGAUCCUGCCUGGACAUGGAUAGCAGCACGCAUCUCAAGCGAGCGUUGCUCGAAGUCAUCUCGUCGGGUGUGGCGAGUACCAGAGAGGACAUUGAUAAUUUUGUCAAUUGCACACUGCUAAGUGCUCAGAGUUCAUUGGGUGAGGAGCAAGCGCAAGAGGAACAGCAGCAUGAGGACGAUUCAAAUCAUAUUAACGAUGCCUUGGAUUUCCUCAUCGAAUAUGAAUUUGUACGCCUGCAAACAGAUGAGGAAGCGGACAAGCAGAACUAUGUAGCCACAAGACUGGGCACGGCUUGCUUAGCUUCAUCGAUGCCACCAAACGAUGGUCUAAUUCUCUUUGCCGAGCUGCAAAAGUCACGUCGCUGUUUUGUGCUUGAAUCAGAGCUACAUGCUGUUUACUUAGUGACGCCUUAUUCCGUAUGCUAUCAGCUACAAGAUGUUGACUGGUUGCUUUAUCUGGACAUGUGGGAGAAACUUAACCCGGCUAUGAAAAAGGUUGGAGAGCUGGUGGGCGUCAAGGAAGCGUUCCUGAUGCGUGCCAUGCGCGGACAAACAAAGCUGGACUACAAACUAAUGCAGAUCCACAAACGCUUCUACACAGCUUUGGCACUGCAGGAGCUGGUCAACGAGACACCUAUCAACGUUGUGGCCCACAAAUUCAAAUGCGGCCGCGGCAUGCUUCAAAGUCUUCAGCAGAUGGCCUCAACAUUUGCUGGCAUUGUGACUGCAUUUUGCAACUCGUUGCAAUGGUCGACACUUUCCCUUGUCGUCUCGCAGUUCAAGGAUCGUCUGUACUUUGGUAUACAUCGAGAUCUUAUCGAUUUGAUGCGACUGCCAGACUUAAGCCAUAAGCGGGCUAGAGCGCUUUACGGUGCGGGUAUCACGAGCCUUGUGGAGCUGGCUAACGUCGAUAUGCUAGCUCUGGAGCAGGUGCUGUUUAACUCCCUAAGUUUUGAUUCUGCCAAACAGCAUGAUAAUGAAAAUGCUCUAGAAGCUGAGCAACGGAAUUCAGCAAGAAAUUUCUUCAUAACAGGGAAAGCUGGCAUGACAGUCGCGGAAGCUGCUAAAUUCCUCAUCUCCGAGGCGCGACAGUUUGUACAAUAUGAAAUAGGAGUUGGAAAUAUACAGUGGACACAAGAAAAGGCAACUACCAAAGCAGAUACAAGCUCUAUACCUAAAGAUACUAGUGCGAGAGUCGAGGAAAUGCAUAUGUCUGUGGAAGAGGAAAAGCUGCAGAACUCUCUGAAACGCAAGUCUACAGAGAGCGUAGAGUCGCCACGCAAAGUUCGCAAGCUUAAUCCCGCUGAGUCCGAUAAAUUGCAGAAGAUUGCCAAGGAGAAUAUAAGGGUGGACAUGAAUACUGCAGCCAAAUUGAAGCCGUCUAAUUCGAGAGAGCCACAGCAGCACUCUAAAAAGACUACACAAACCAAUAAGUCCGAUGACUUGCCCAGCAUUGGACUGAAUAAACCUCAAGAAAAAUCUAAGGAGAGCGACCAAAUAGUCAAAGUUGAAGCCAAUAAGUUGCAAGAGAUGGCAAUAAGUAAACCUCUGGGGAAAAGCCCAAGGAGAGUGUUCCACUACCUGAACAGUCUGCUCCAAAAGGAUACCACCCCAAAGCCUGCAAAAGUUGCUAGCACUCCAUCAACAAAAACCCCAUUUUCAGAACAUAAUCGCAUCGACUCAAUUGUCAAACCCACAGUGGAGACAGUAGAUAAACCUAGCACAAGCGAAGCCUGCCGCAAAGAGCUGUUGAAAAAGCAAAUGGAGGAGCGUCGACUCGAAGCCAUGAUGAAAAUCAACAAGCGUCGCGCCGAAAUGGAAAAUAUGCGACAAGGAUUGCCCAGUAAAACGCCAAUGGAGACGAUAGCUGGUGCUACGCCGCCAAUGCCAAAGAUAAUCAGCAAUAAGGAGAACAAUGUUGAGAGCAGGCAGAGUAAAGGAUUCAAGACACCGAUCAGCAGCAAUGUCAACACAACACCAAUCAGAGCAAAGACUACGCAGAACACUAAAAGCAACAGCAAUAGCAAAAACAAGACGCCAACGGAACUACCACGACGUAGUCCAAGAAAUCAUCAGGGUUCCAAUACCCCGACAGCACCCAGUCAACCAAACAAAUCAUCUGCUGUUGAGCAGGAUCUAUUUACGGGAGAAGACUCUUUUAUGCUGAGCACAGGUCUCACAGCAGCACUCGAUGCGGUCGAUAACAAGCCACAAGCGGAUGCAGAUGAGAUACCAAGCUCUCAGCCAAAGGAAUCGAACAACAGUCGCAUGCUUACGCCACAUUCUUCUCGCCUAAUGCGAUCCUAUCAGUUGCGUUCGGAGCGCAAGUCAGCGACACCGCAGCCACCACCACAAUCUGCAAAGCAACAACCGCCGCCAGAGCCAGCAGAUGAACCAUCAUCGAAUACUGGCUCUUCUAUUGAGCUGUCCAACUUGUCGAUGGAGAACUCGCUGAUAAAGCAUCCAUUGCAGCUGAAUGCAUCGCAUAUCAUGAGCUGCUCCAAGACGGAGGAUAACGCAUCCAGUUUUAGCAGCAUCGACAUCAUUGACAUAUGCGGCAAUCGGCAAUUGUUUCAGCAGACUUUCGAGGAGCUGCACAAGGCAUCGCGUUGUGGUUUUAGCGUUGGAUUGCAGGCUCAGGCUGGCAAAAGAAAACCCUUAAUUGGUGCUAAUUUGUUGAUCAAUCAAGUGGCCGCAGCUGAACAACGCGCAGCCGCUGCUGGCACUGAGAUACUCUUCCAGGUGGACGACAGCUCGUUUGUGGCUGGUGUCGCUUUUAGUCUGGCUGACAAUGUUGUUUACUAUAUGAAUCUGCAAUCGGAGGAACCAAAUCUGAUCAGCAAAGACACUAAAGUAAUGGAACUGUGCAAAUUAUUGGAGCGACAGGAGCUGUCAUUGCUGAUGCACGAUGGCAAAGAGCAGCUAAAGACACUGCGUCAUGCUGUGCCAGAACUGCAUAAGAUAAGCGCCAGCCUCGAGGAUCCCAAGGUGGGCAACUGGCUGCUGCAGCCCGACAGAACUCUAAGCUUUCAAAAUAUGUGCCAGCAGUUUGCGCCAGAGUGCACAGCGCUGUGCAAUCUUUGCGGCAGUGGACGCGGCUAUAGCAGCUAUGGACUAGAUGCAAGUAGUGCAAUAAUGCCAAAGGUGCGUGCCUCCAUCGAGGCCUGUAUCACGGUGCACAUACUCAAUGGACAGAUUGAGAAUUUGGAGCGCAUCGGGACUGGACAACUGCUCAAGUUCUUUAGAAGAGUUGAGAUGCCCAUACAGCUGUCACUGGUCAACAUGGAAUGCGUGGGCUUUCCGGCCAAAGAGCAUCGAUUGCAGCUACUCUUUCAACAGAUGCUUGGCACCAUGAAGAAGCUUGAGAAUAAAAUCUACGAGUUACACGGCUCACGGUUCAAUUUGGGCGCAACGCAGGCUGUGGCCAAGGUGCUGGGUCUGCAUCGCAAGAACAACGGACGCUUCAGUACAUCUCGUCAGAUACUCGAGAAACUGGACUCGCCCAUAUCGCAGCUGAUACUUCACUACCGCAAACUGAGUAUGCUUCUCUCCAAAAAUAUGCAACCGCUUCUCAAAUGCUGUCAGGCCAAUCGAGUGCAUGGUCAGAGCAUUACCUAUACUGCCACUGGACGCAUAUCCAUGACGGAGCCGAAUUUACAGAAUGUGGCCAAGGACUUUGUAGUUGAAAUUAACAAAGAGAAGAUUAACAUCUCGUGUCGCAGCGCUUUUGCACCCAUGGAUCCAAAGCGUUGUCUCAUCUCUGCAGACUUUUGUCAGCUAGAAAUGCGUAUAUUGGCACAUUUGUCGCAGGACAAAGCACUAUUAAAGGUGAUGAACUCGCCACAAGAUCUGUUUACAGCCAUUGCUGCGCAUUGGAAUAAAAUAGCUGAAUCGGAAGUAUCAGAGCAUCUGCGUAACGGCACUAAACAGAUUUGCUAUGGCAUUGUUUAUGGCAUGGGCAUGCGCAGCUUGGCUGAAUCACUUCAGUGCACCGAACAAGAGGCGCAGAUGAUAUCCGAACAGUUCCAUUUAACAUAUACUGGCAUUAGGGAGUACACAACGAGAGUAGUCAAGUUUGCCCGAAACAAUGGUUACGUGGAGACAAUAACUGGUCGUCGACGGUAUCUGGAUCACAUCAAUAGUGGGGAACCGCAGUUAAAAAAACAAGCCGAGCGUCAAGCAGUCAAUUCAUCGAUUCAAGGCUCAGCUGCAGAUAUUGCCAAACAAGCGAUCUUAAACAUGGAGAAGAGCAUUGAGCGUUAUGGCCAGAAGCUUGGCUUGGUGGAGAAUGCUGUUAAUUUUGUGCUGCAUAUUCACGAUGAACUCAUCUUCGAGGUGCCCGUGGAGAAAGCAAAGAAAGUGGCAAAGAUUCUAAGUCUCACAAUGGAGAAUUGUGUGAAAAUAAAUGUGCCACUCAAAGUAAAACUCAGAAUAGGACGCAGCUGGGGUGAGCUGCAGGAAGUCAAAAUUUAG